AGUUUGCGUGAUCCACCAGAACCUCGUCAAAAGAGCAAAACCUUCCACCAUAUAUGUACAGCUAGCAAUUUAUAGAGUAAUUGUGCACAAGCUAUUGAGCAAAACAAAACUAGUUAAACUGUCAGGUAGCAGCAUACAUGAGUUUAACAGCCAUGGGAUGGCAAGUGAUAUCGAUCCCAAAACCAUGGCGCUCACGCUAUAUAUACAGCUAGCUUCCGACUCCAAGCGUGUGGCUACCACGCUCGAUCUCCAUCUCCAUUUGCAACUGCUCCUUCCAUCCCAUCCCAUCUCAUCACCUCUUGCAGCUCGAUCCGCGCUUCCGUUCCAUCCAUGGCCUCCAACCUCAGCUCCGACGCCCCUAAGUUCUUCCCCUCCAUGUCGAAACGCGUAGAGGCCGACGUCGAGGCAGCGGCGGCGGUAGUCACCGGAUCGCCGGCCCGCCGCGUCGACUACCUGGCCCGCGCGCAGUGGCUCCGCGCCGCCAUCCUCGGCGCCAACGACGGGCUGGUGUCCGUGGCGUCCCUCAUGAUCGGCGUGGGCGCCGUCAACGACGGCGCGCGUGAGAUGCUGGUGUCGGGCCUAGCGGGGCUCGUGGCCGGCGCCUGCAGCAUGGCCAUCGGCGAGUUUGUGUCCGUGUACGCGCAGUACGACGUCCAGGUGGCGCACUCGGAGCGCGGCAGCAGCGACGACAGCAGCAGCGAAGUUGGCCGCGGCGGAGGCGAAGGAGAUGUGGAAAGGCUGCCGAGCCCGAUGAAGGCCGCGGCCGCGUCGGCGCUGGCGUUCGCGGUGGGCGCGGCGCUGCCGCUGCUGUCGGGCGGUUUCGUGCGGCCCUGGGCGAUCAGGGUGGCGGUGGUGUGCGCGGCCAGCAGCCUGGGCCUGACCGGGUUCGGCGCCGCGGGCGCGUACCUGGGCGGCGCCAGCAUCGUUCGCUCCGGGCUCCGCGUGCUCCUGGGUGGCUGGCUGGCCAUGGCGGUCACGUUCGGGAUCCUCAGGCUGCUCAGCUUGGCGUUCAAGACGCAUGUCGCGUCCGCAUAAAUCACAUGUGUCCACUGUAUUUGAUUACUUAGUAAACAAUAAAUGAUCGGUA